UUACCGCCUCAAGUGAUUUAUUUCCUCGAAAAAGCAAAGAGGGCAAAAAUUUCAAAACCCCAUUUCAUCUCCAAGGGUUUUAUUUCCUCAAUUCAUCGAUCGAUAGAAUCUAGUACCAAAAACCCUAGAGAUUUGGGGUCAAAAGUCGCUUCCUUUCUCUCUCAAACUUCUGUCAUGGCUUGUUUAGUCUCUUCAAAGAGGGAGUGAAUUGAUGGUGCAAGGUGUAGAAGGACUUUGAUGUGCACAAGUUUAGUAGUGAGAUGUCUCUCUUCAGUAGAUUUUUUCAUAGACGGCCACCUGAUGGUUUGCUCGAAUUCGUUGACAGAGUUUAUGUGUUUGAUUCAUGCUUCUCAACCGAGGUUGUCUCUGAUGGAAUCUACCAUGCAUACCUGCACGAGAUUGUAACUGAGCUUCAUGAAGCAUAUGCUGACUCUUCGUUCCUUGCAUUUAAUUUUAGAGAGGGUGAAAAGAGAAGCCAAUUUGCUGAUAUUCUCUGUGAAUAUGAUGUUACCGUCAUAGAUUACCCACGUCAAUAUGAAGGCUGCCCUCUUCUUCCGUUGUCCCUUGUCCAGCAUUUUCUUCGUGUAUGUGAGAGUUGGCUUUCUCGGAGACAUAAUCAAAAUGUCGUGUUGCUCCACUGUGAGAGAGGAGGCUGGCCACUUUUAGCAUUUCUCCUAGCCAGUCUCCUGGUUUUCAGAAAAUCUCAUUCUGGAACUAAGAGAGUGCUUGACCUUGUUCAUAAGGAGGCUCCUAAAGGGUUUCUGCGACUUUUAUCACCUCUGAAUCCUUUACCUUCGCAGCUCCGUUACCUGCAUUAUGUCGCUAGGCGAAAUAUGUCUGUGGAGUCAUCCUCUGCACGGGCACUUUCUUUGGACUGCCUCAUGCUUCGUGCCAUUCCAAGUUUUGAUUCAGAGAAUGGAUGCAGACCGCUCAUACGCAUUUAUGGACAGAAUCUCCAGGGUGAUGGUUCUUCAACUACGACGCUGUUGUCAAUGUCCAAAAGGAGGAAAUCUCUGCGACAUUACCGGCAGGAGGAUGUUGAUGUUAUAAAGAUUGACAUCCAGUGCUUAGUUGAAGGUGAUGUUGUCUUGGAGUGCGUUCAUCUCGACUUGGAUCCUGAGAGGGAAGUUAUGAUGUUUCGUAUAAUGUUCAAUACCGCUUUCAUUCGUUCAAACAUUUUGGUGCUGAGCUGUGAUGACGUGGAUAUGCUUUGGGAUUCAAAGUGUAGAUAUCCAAAAAAAUUUCGAGCUGAGGUUCUGUUUGGCGAAGUUGAGAGCAUAUCCCCUACCAGAGCUCCAACUGCAAUAUUAAAUGGCGAGAUGAAGGGUGGGUUGCCCAUGGAAGCAUUUUCUAGGGUUCAAGAACUAUUUGAUGGGGUCGAAUGGGUUGAGAACAGUGAUGAUGCUGCCUUCUGGCUGCUCAAACAACUUCAAUCAAAUGCUUUACAUGAAAAUAUUGAAAGACUAAUAUUCAAUGAUGUGAAAGAACUGUCCAGGUUGCAGAGUACGAGUACAUCACCUUCAGAUUCUGAAGAAUCAGGUUCUGUUACAUCAAUGGACUAUGAUAGAAUUCAGCAUGUUGACAAUGUUUCUACACAAUUACAAUCUGAUGAUGUACAUAGCGAUCGUAUAAAUCAAUAUCCUCAGUUGAAAGGUCCCAUUGAUUCAAACAUGGUGACUACACCGCAUUCUCCACCUCUGUCACCAGUGCUUCCUUCAUCAUGUUCCUCUUUUGAAGGGAAACGAGAACCCUCCUUGCUUCCUCCAUCCCAAUCUCCAAUGCAUUCAUUACCUAAUAGAAUUGCUCUACCCCCACCCCCACCCCCACCGCCCCCUCCUCCUCCAAUUAUCUUCUCAGGGGCCUCCACCACACCUCACUGGCCUCGCAACGUUCUGCACGCUCCCUUAUUAUCUAACCAUAAGGCCCCAAACCCUCCACCUCCUCCACAAGUCCCUAAGCCUCCUUCUGCGGGCCCACCACCUCCACCCUUGCCUGGAGGAAGCCGUGGUGUACCCGGUGUACAACAACCUCCAACAGCUAAAGCUUCAAGCACACAUGUACCGGGUCCUCCAUCAGCGGGAAGAGGAAGAAGUAUUGCACCUGGUUCAGGAAGAGGCCGUGGAUCUACAUUAACAGCUAACAUACCAAAGAAAUUAAAGCCAUUACAUUGGGUGAAAGUAACCAGGGCAAUGCAAGGAAGUUUAUGGGCUGAUUCUCAAAAACAAGAGGAGCAACCAAAGGCUCCUGAGAUUGAUCUUUCAGAAUUAGAAAGUUUGUUCUCGACUUCAGCGGCAACGGAUGCAAGCCGCGCCGAUAAGGGUGGAAGUAAACGCGGAACUAGCAUUAGCAAGUCAGAGACUGUUCACCUGAUUGACAUGCGGAGAGCAAACAAUUGCGAAAUUAUGCUUACGAAAAUUAAAAUGCCUCUUCCAGAUAUGAUGAAUGCAGUUUUGGCUUUGGAUACAUCAGUUUUGGACAUUGACCAGGUGGAGAAUCUCAUCAAAUUUUGUCCCACGAAAGAGGAAAUGGAGAUGUUGAAGAAUUAUAAUGGAAAGAAGGAAAUGCUUGGGAAGUGUGAGCAGUUUUUUCUGGAGCUGAUGAAGGUCCCUCGAGUGGAAUCCAAGUUGAGGGUUUUUUCCUUUAGGAUUAAUUUUUCUAGUCAGGUUAAGGAUCUGCGGUCCAAUCUAAACACAAUCAACAGCGCAUCUAAAGAGGUAAAAGAUUCUUUGAAAUUGCGGCAAAUAAUGCAAACUAUACUUACGUUAGGAAAUGCAUUGAAUCAGGGAACAACAAGAGGUUCUGCCGUGGGAUUCAAGCUUGAUAGCCUUUUAAAAUUGUCAGAUACCCGAGCGAAGAACAAUAAGAUGACACUAAUGCAUUAUUUAUGCAAGCUGCUUGCAGAGAAAAUGCCUGAGCUGCUUGAUUUUCAUAAGGACUUACAUCAUCUAGAAGCAGCUUCUAAGAUCCAACUGAAAAUAGUAGCUGAAGAAAUGCAAGCUGUAAGUAAGGGUCUUGAAAAGGUUGAACAAGAACUCACUGCUUCUGAAAAUGAUGGUGCUAUUUCCAUGGGCUUCCGGAAGGCCUUGAAGAAUUUUCUUGAUACUGCAGAGGCUGAUGUGAGGUCACUUAUAUCAUUGUACUCUGAAGUGGGAAGAAGUGCAGAUUCACUGGCACAGUAUUUUGGGGAAGAUCCGGCCCGCUGUCCAUUCGAGCAAGUGACAUCAAUUUUGGUCAUCUUCGUCAAUAUGUUCAAUAAAGCACGGGAUGAGAAUGCUCGUAAUGCAGAAGCAGAAAAAAAGAAAUUGGAAAAGGAAGCCAUGAAAGAGAAACAAAAUACUUCCGGAAAAUAGCACCAAACACUGCUGACUAUUGACUACAUGCUAGGACUUGAUGUUUCCUACUUCAAAAUUAAGAGAAAACAUUGGUCAUUGAAAAGAUUAAAGUACACAUUUCUCGAUGCACGAUGUACAGAAGUCAGCUCCUCAAACCCAUAUCAAGCUACCGAAAGAUGAACCCGCACCCUUUAAUAUUGUGAUUCAUGGUUGGUUGGCCAUAAUAAGGGGUGGUAAAGGAUCAAUUGAUUACUCUUUGGUGGAUGAAGUAGUUCAAUGCACAAUUACUUGCUCUCAGGUAGCUUUGUAAUACGAGGGGUGGGCUACAUUUGCUUUUUCUGAUGUAUACUGCUAAGUAAAGCCUUUUAGUUAUGUUAGGUAGAGUUUACACAGCCCUUAUACUGGGCAGGCAAUUUUCAUGUAUUUGCACUCAGAAUAUAAUGCCAGGAAUGUCUGUGCAUUUGCC